AUGGUGGAAGAAGAAUGGUAUGAAACUACUAGAAUGGUUGCGAAACAUACCGAAAAAGAAAACGUAGAAAAAGUUUAUUCACACACUAAUCCUUUUAUAAGAAAUUUUAUCAGACGAUCUAUUAAAGGAGGAAGAGUUUCCGCAAAUAGAAAAUCAUUUGAAACGAACAAAAUGGAUGAAAUUUGUAACGUAUUAAAGGAAUAUACAGAACUUGAAAGUAAUAACCUAAUUGAUUUAUUCAAAGAAUACAGCGCAAGCACAAAAGACAAAACGGAGGUUCAUUCGAGACUUAAAAAAAUAGAAUGUACUAAACUAAUGGCAUUUGAUGCUAACGGUUUAUACGCUUCCGCCAUGUCGGAUUUAGACAGUGAAUAUCCGAGAGCGGAAAGUGGAAGACCGUUUCUACCAGAAGAAGAAAAAGAAUUUGUAAAACUCUUCAAUAAACAAAAAUUCAGACCUAGAACAGCUAUUUUAACAGUGUGGUUUGACUAUCCCAAAAACAUGUUCUUCCAACCGAUACCAGCUAAAGAUAAAAUCACUUUCACGAAUAAAGAAGGUAAAAAGGAAACUGGUAACAAAAUCAGGUUCAGAAAUGGUUUCUGUCACGACGUUUUAACAUCGGUCGAUAUUCAAGAAAUAGUGAAAGCCGGUGGACGAAUUAUUAGAAUAUUAGAUGGUAUAGUUUACGAAGAAAAUUUUAAAACUCCACCCUAUAGAGAUUAUAUUUUAAUUUUGAGAGAUUUAAGAAAUAAAUAUAAACGAAAAGGUAAUAUCGUGGGUAGUAACUCCAUGAAAUUAUUAGGUAAUUCCUUGUAUGGUAAAUCAAUUCAGAAAGAUAUAUUCACAACUAGACAUUUAUGGAAUGAAGCAACUUUACAGGCCAACUUUGAUUCACGCGUUAAAACCUAUGAGAAAAUUAAUGAUACUCAAUAUAUUGUUGAAACGGAAAUUGAAGAAAAAGAGACCGAAGACAGUAAAUCUACACGACAAACACCUAGUCAUUUGGGAUCAUUCGUUUUAUCUCACAGUAAAAAAAUAAUGAACAAUUUCAUUCACGUCAUAAAUGGAUUUUAUAAACCCGAAAUAUACUAUACCGACACCGAUAGUUUGUACAUUUCAUCCAAAAAUUGGAAAAAACUAAACAGAGUUGGUUUGGUCUCCGAAAAAGACUAUUGCAAAGGUAAAAACGAUUACGGUGACGGUGGAAUUAUAUUUGGUUUAUAUUUAGCACCAAAAGUCAAAUACAACAUCGUUUUGACUUCUGACGGUGUUUUAAAAGAAAAGAAAACGUUUAAAGGUUAUUCUAAUGAUAAGAUAAGUGUAGAAGAUUACGUUCAGUUAGCAAGCGGACAUGAUGUGUCGAACGAAUUUAAUAAACCGUGGAAAAAAUGUUUCACCAAUGGAGUAGUUAUUCCAAAUGAUAAACAAACUAAAGUUUUUAGAAGUUAUUUGAAUAAUGUUAAAAGAAAACCACCAAACAGUGAAGGAAUUAUGUAUCCUUACAACGACAAAGAUGAGUAUAGUUUUGACGAAAACUAUGAAUUUGAUGUUUCGAUUAUCUUUCUAAUCAAGAAGAGAAUGAAGAUUGUUUUAAAUGAAGUUGAAUGA